AUGGCGAUUGGCGCAGAGCUCAAGGUAUAUGUCUUGGAUCCCUAUCAUCCAGAUGCCGUCGAACUUGUUCAGAGCAUCCCCGGUGUCCAAGCUAUCCUCCCAGGCGACCCUCGCAUGGAAUCUUGGCAUUCCGAUGCAGACGGACUCAUGGUCCGUUCCGACUCAAGGCUCACGGAAAAGGAUUUUGCCAAAGCGCAGCGUCUUCGUGUGGUCGUGAAGCAAGGGGUUGGCGUUGACAAUAUCGACCUUACUGCCGCCAAGAAGCGCGGCAUUGCAGUUCACAAUACCCCAGCCCUCAACAGUGAAAGCGUUGCCGAAUUAUCGAUGGCUCUUACGCUCACACUCACCCGCCGCGUUAGUGAGAUUGAUCGAGCUGUACGUGGCGGUGCCACUGUCAUCCGUUCCCAGACGCUCAGCACCAGCAUGUUCCGCAAGACCGUUGGCGUCGUGGGCAUGGGAAACAUCGGAAAGAUUGUGGCCCAGAAGUGGAUAGGCGCUUUCGACUGCUCUAUCACGCUCGAUGAGCUCUUGAGCGUUUCCGACGUCGUGACCCUGCAUGUACCCCUCGUCCAAAACACGAGGGGCCUCAUUGGCGAGCAUGAGCUAGACAUCAUGAAGGAUUCUGCCUUCUUAGUCAAUUGUGCUCGAGGUGGCGUGGUCGACGAAAGAGCAUUGCUCAAGGCUCUGGAUGAGAAGCGGAUCGGAGGUGCAGCGCUGGAUACGACGGAAAUCGAGCCUCCCACCUUGGCCGUGCACGGCGAGUUUUUGAAGCACGAGAAUGUCAUCAUCACUCCACAUAUUGGCGGAAGCACGAAGGAGAACCAAAGCAGGAAUGGUAUGUAUGUGGUUGAGACCUUAGUCAACGUGUUGCACGGAAGAGAGGCAACUGGAAAAUUGGUUUGA